AUGUAUCGCGGUCAUUUGGAAAUUUGGGGUGCGUUACAAACAAUUGUUGUCUUAGAAACGGCCGCCAUCGCUUUGCUUGUUCUUGAAUACGUGAUUGAUGAAGAGGCAGUGAGUGUUGUCCGUCUUUUAGAUGAAAAUGAUCAUAUUAUCGAAUUGAUUGCUGAUUUUAUUAAAAAAGGUCGAUUUUCUGAAGCUGCUCAAAUGCAAGGCAUCCUACAACGGAAUCUAGUCUAUCUAGUUUCAUUGGUUGAUCAGUAUAACUUGAAUGGAAGUGAUGAAUCAGCUGA